ACAUAUACAAUGACCUGGACUGUUUGCAACGUGCCAAAGCCUGUCCACCACGACCAUGGCUACGCGCAGCUCACUGUUCCGCUUGUGCCCGGAGAGUAUGAGUACAAGAUUGUUCUGCCAUCCAAGGAGACUGUCAAGCACAACGAGGAGGCCUGGGUUAUGCAAUAUGACAGCUGGAAGACCACCUUUAGCGGACAUAACUACCAUGGCCACCACGGACACAUGGCAUGCAGCUGCAGCCACACCAAUCACUGCCACCAUCCUCACCACGGACACUGCGGCCACCACCACUGAGCGGUUACCAGUGAGGCGUGGGCGCCACUGGAUCUGCUUCUUUCACGGAUAACCCCAGAUUCCUCAGUUUCACUCUGGCCCAUUUAUCAUCCAACCACACCAACCUAAUGCUCCACUCUACUCUCUUGGCGAGCAUUGUCACACAAGCCUCCUCUCCCGAUAC